GUCGUGCGUGUGUUUUAACUUACGUGAGUGAUGUCGCGACAGCUGUUUUAUUGGCCGACGAAGUAUAAAUUUAUCUGAUUUCUCUCGCGAGCUUUCUUUUUGUCAAGGUGUGGACGUACAGCCAAUGUGGUACAGCUUUUGUGUCAGGUGUCAGCCUGUGGUUCGGGGCACCGGAAGUCUGAGGCGUUGACCUAUUGCUCUUGUUUGGCCACCGUCCUAGCGAGGUUGGCGUAGGAACUAUAUUCCUGAAAGGAAAGCCUUUCGGGCGUAGGAACUAUAUAUGACGUGGUUUCAUUUGAUGUGCUUUCAAGUUACCGAAUGAACGCCAAAAGGGCUACGGAGGGGUGCGCUGUGCGAUGUAAGACCUGAGGAAUAUGAACGAUAUUCGUUGCUUUCGAAGCACCAUGGGCGAAAUACUGCACACGGAUCUGGACAGUUCAACGUCGCCCGCGAGGCUGGAGUAUACUUCCGAAAAGCAUUCUAGGCACACGCUCGAAGCCAUCAAUCUGCUCCGGCUGCAUCGAGAGCUUUGCGACGUUGUUUUGCUUGUGGGAAACCGGAAGAUCUUCGCUCACCGAAUAGUGCUGUCGGCAUGCAGCCCAUAUUUUCACGCAAUGUUCACCGGCGAAUUGGCGGAAAGUCGGCAGACUGAGGUGACAAUACGAGAUAUAGAUGAACACGCAAUGGAGCUGCUCAUGGACUUUGCUUACACAUCACACAUUGUGGUGGAGGAAGGCAACGUGCAGAUGCUGCUGCCAGCGGCCUGCCUCUUGCAAAUGGCAGAGAUACAGGAUGUCUGCUGCGAGUUUCUCAAAAGGCAACUGGACCCAACCAACUGCCUUGGCAUCCGUGCAUUUGCUGACACACAUUCGUGUCGUGAACUUCUGCGUAUAGCGGACAAGUUUACACAACACAACUUUCAAGAGGUGAUGGAAAGUGAAGAAUUCCUUCUUUUACCAGUCAACCAGUUGGUAGACAUAAUAUCCAGCGAUGAACUCAACGUCCGCAGUGAAGAACAGGUUUUCUCAGCAGUCAUGUCUUGGGUAAAAUACAAUGUUACAGAAAGGAGACAGAACUUGGGACAGGUGCUUCAGCAUGUUCGGCUCCCUUUGCUCAGCCCAAAAUUUCUUGUGGGCACAGUGGGCUCAGACCUUCUCAUUAAAAGCGAUGAAGUGUGUCGCGACUUGGUGGAUGAAGCCAAGAAUUACCUGUUGCUGCCCCAGGAAAGGCCACUCAUGCAGGGCCCACGCACUAGGCCUAGGAAGCCUGUGCGUAGAGGUGAAGUCCUCUUUGCAGUGGGUGGAUGGUGCAGUGGCGAUGCUAUUGCCAGUGUGGAACGCUAUGAUCCUCAGGCUAACGAGUGGCGAAUGGUGGCACCCAUGAGCAAACGUCGGUGUGGUGUUGGUGUUGCAGUGUUGAAUGACCUUCUUUAUGCUGUUGGUGGUCAUGAUGGCCAGUCAUAUCUUAACAGCAUCGAACGGUAUGAUCCCCAAACAAAUCAGUGGUCAAGUGAUGUUGCCCCGACAAGCUCCUGCCGUACAAGUGUCGGAGUGGCUGUACUUGAUGGUUACUUAUAUGCUGUGGGAGGUCAAGAUGGUGUCUCAUGUCUCAAUUUUGUUGAAAGGUAUGACCCACAGACAAAUCGAUGGGCCAAAGUGGCACCUAUGAGCACCAAGAGGCUUGGGGUGGCUGUGGCAGUGUUGGGCAGUUAUCUUUAUGCCAUGGGUGGCUCAGAUGGCACAUCUCCACUCAACACGGUGGAGCGAUAUGACCCACGAACCAACCGCUGGAGUUCUGUGGCAUCCAUGGGCACUAGGCGCAAGCAUCUGGGCUCGGCUGUUUACAGCAACAUGAUCUAUGCUGUUGGAGGUCGUGAUGACACUACAGAGCUCAGCAGCGCAGAACGCUACAAUCCACAGUUGAACCAGUGGCAGCCAAUCGUGGCCAUGACUUCACGGCGCUCUGGGGUUGGACUGGCAGUAGUGAAUGGACUUCUUUAUGCUGUGGGUGGAUUCGACGGCACCACAUACCUGAAGACAAUUGAAGUGUACGACCCUGAACAGAACCAGUGGAAACUCUGCGGAAGUAUGAACUACAGGCGUCUUGGAGGUGGAGUCGGUGUUGUAAGACUUCCACAGCACGAGGCACACUACUGGUGAAAGCAAAUCUUUGGGCGUGCCCAAAAACCUUUGUGUGGGCCUGUGCAUUCAGAGACUUUGAAUAGGUUGAAAGGUUGCGACCAGGCAUCUUGGUGAUUUUAAAUUGCGUGCCAGCAGUCGAAGUUAGCUACAAGGCUCAACCAAAUAUUGACUGACCACUUGUGCUGUGUACUGCUCUGUGGUCAUGUUUACAGCCCAGAUUCAUAGGUACUGGCAGGCAUUGACGCAUGCUAUCUUGAGUUGCUAAAAAGUAGUUCUUUUGUACCACACCUGCACAAGUCGUUUAGUACUGUAUAUUUUUAAACUAAGUGUGUAUAUGAGACUACAGACCAUUUAAGUAUUUUUUUCCAGUUUUAGCUCUCAGGGAGCUGUAUUCUUGCAGUUGUGUUUCAAAGCAGUUGCACCUGCUUUGGCACUAUUGGCUAUGCCUGCACAAUUAUUGCCAUGUAUUAGCUUGGCAAGCAGUUUUUAAUACUCAUAACUGCAAUGCUGUUAGGACCUAUGAAGGGAGGGUUCAAGAACAGUGUACAAUGUGUAUGAAUGUUUUUAGAGUGCAUGGAAAUGUUUUUAAACUUCCCCACUAUGCACAACCAACUCUACUAUUCACACACUGACGAAUGCAAUCUCCUCGAUUUUGGUGUACUUUCUGCACUAGUACAGGCACUUGAAGUUUGAAGUUUAUUUGUCCUGCCUGCUUACAGGAACGGAAGCAGAGGCUAAAGGCUACAUAGCCUGACAAAAGACCUCUGCUCCUAUUACAGUUCGGCACGCAGGCCGAUGUACAUUACACAAUAUUGCACUUCGAAACAUUUCGAGAAAAUAUUAUCUUUCACAGCAGAGAAGAGAGCGUAAAAAAAAAACAAAAAAACAAUGGCACAAGUCAUGGUACA